CAUCAUGAGCCAAUCGUACGUUAGCCCACUCUCGAUAGCCGUAAUCUGUUCGUCCAACAUGAACCGUUCGAUGGAAGCACACGGAUUUUUGGCCAAGAAGCGGUUCAAGGUACGAUCGUUCGGUACGGGCGAUAAGGUGAAGCUUCCCGGUACGGCGGCGGAUAGGCCGAAUGUUUACGAGUUUGGCACCUCGUACGACGACAUAUACAAUGAUUUGGCUGCGAAAGAUAAGCAAUACUAUACACAAAACGGUCUGCUACACAUGCUGGACCGCAACAGAAGGAUAAAAUCUUGCCCCGAAAAGUUUCAGCUCUGCACGGAACGGUUCGACGUGUUGGUAACGUGCGAGGAGCGAGUUUACGAUCAGGUGAUAGAAUUUAUGGAAUCAAAAACGCCUAGCUACAAUCUACCGGUGCACGUAAUUAACAUAGACAUACAGGACAACCACGAGGAAGCGACGGUCGGUGCGUUUCUCAUCUGUGAUCUGAUAACGAUGAUGGCUCAAAGUGAAGACCUAGACAACGACAUCGACGAGCUGCUGCAUGAUUUCGAGAACAAAUGCCAGCGAAGUGUUCUCCACUGCGUUCAGUUCUAUUGA